AUGAAUCCGAAGCGUCACCGACGUGCAUCCUCGAUUCUCAAACCAACCAAGCCGAUAGAGAACGAGCGCCCCCCAUGUGUGGACGUCGAACUGGUGCCGCGGCCAGCAACCCACACGCGUCUCUUCACAGCCCUCUACUAUGUCACAGUAGCCACCAUGGUUGCCAUGGUAUCCGUCGAGAUAGCCCUGCUGUCAAACAAGGACGUCGGCAUCGGCCUGGUGCCUUUCAGCUAUGUGGGACUCAUUGCGGUGUUGGCGAAUAGACUGCAAUGGAAGACGAGGGGCGCGCGUGCGGCAAACGUGGGCUUCUGGAUGCUGCUGGGAAUCGCCUUGACAUUGAAGGUGGCAGCGGCAGUCAUCGAGAGCGACAGAGCAGCCGAAGGCGGGGGUGAGAAAUCGAGGACAUAUCCGGGCGACGAUGGGAUCGUUGUCGUUAGCGUCAUGGCGGGAUCGUCGUUCGCUCUGGCGGUGCUGGAGUUCGCCGGCUGGACUGGGCUUGAGCGAACGGCAUGA